AAGAAGAGAUCUUAUCAUGAAGUAUCUACAAAUUUUCGUCAUUGUUUUGGUGGUGGGGUUGUGUUUCGCCCAAAGAGGUGGGAAAGAUGGGUCUGGAAGGAGGAAGUUUCCAAAGUUUAGAAGGCAUUGUUCGUCGGACACCGAUUGCCCCAAAUUUGCCAUAUGUAUAAAAAUGCAGUUUACAGAUAAAAGCAUAUGUGUGCCCAAAAAAAUGGUGAACAUGAUAGAGAAGAAGCUCUCGCAACUUCCUGCUCUGAAAGGUUGCUCUGUUGAUGGUGAUUGUGGAGUCUUUGGAAAAUGUAUGGAGGUACCAAAGUCAGGAAAACGCAUGUGUAUGCCAGAGGUCAUCGGCAAAAUGCUUCAAAGCAAGCUUCCACAACUUCCUGGUGAACAUAAGACAUGCGCUGCUCACGCCGAGUGCUCUGGUUCCGCUAAAUGUCUAGCAUUUCCAAAAUUCGAGAAACAAAUGUGUCUAGUUGAAAACGGACGUCUACAUAGAAUCUUGAUGAUAAUCCACCGACAGUUCGUAACAGACGACAAAAAACAACCAGAUAACAAAGAUGAUCAGACGGGCAAUGACAAGAAGGAUGACAUCGGAGGACCUGAGAACAAAGACGACGACAAAGACGACGACAUCGAUGAUGUAUCAUUCAUCAACGAUCCUCAGUUCCUCAAGGAGAAAAAGACAGACAAACAAAUGAAAAGACACCAUAAAUCUCACUCCAAAUCUCACAGAAGAAUGAACCCAUGGAAUAUGUAUUUCAUGGGCGUGUUUUCGUUGGGUGGACUUUUAGUCCUUAUCCUUUUUGUUUUGUUAUGUUGCUUGCAAAUCAGAAAGAGAAACGCACAGAGAGAGACUGCCACAGAGGAACCAAUCAGUAAAGAAAACUUAACUCGCAACGCUUUCCUGACAAAGAUCAGCAGCAUUUCCAAUCCCUACAGUAAACUGGAAAACGAGAAGAACAAUCGGGUGUAAGAACGCCGUUAGAGGAACCGAAAGCUUGCAACGAUAAGAAUUCUUGAAAUGUUGACGAUCACACACUUCCAGCAACUCCAUCGUGUAAACUAAUUUUGAAAGAAUAAAAGUCUACAAAAUCA